CCUCAAAUACACUUAGACAAUUCACAUAUUGCCGACCAACGAUGGACAUGGUGACGAAGUUAGGGACGGAGAAGCCGGUGGUGAUAUUCAGCAAAACCAAUUGCGGCAUAUCCCACGCAAUAAGUACACUUAUACGUGGAUUUGGGGCGAACCCUACGGUCCAUGAGCUCGAUGAGCUUCCAAAUGGACAUGAGAUCGAGAAGGCAUUGAUGGCGUUAGGGUGCAAUCCUAGUGUGCCGGCCGUGUUCAUAGGAAAGCAAUUCAUCGGUGGAUCGAAUGAGAUCAUGAGCCUCAAUAUAAGGGGCAAGCUCAAGCCAUUGCUCAUCAAUGCCAAUGCUAUAUGGAUAUAAAUCACAAAAUAAGGGCGAAAAGGGAGCAAAGUUCACAUUUUUGCUAUAUGCCAUGUAUUUUUAAUUAUGGCUUAUAGUUAAUAUAUAUAUAUAUCUUAUUAUGUUAAAAUUUUUUAGUAGCUCUUUUGGAGUUGGUAUUUGAGGAGUCAUAUUAGUGUAUGGAUGUGAGGGUUUCUUCUUCAAUAUAUUAUGUACUUCUCUUUUGGUUUA